AUGAGUAUUGACGAAGGUGAUCCUGCAAAUAAUGUUCAAAGUAUAUGGACACGUUUGAUAUUUAAUGUUGGAAAAAAAAAAGGUUCAGUUGAUGACCCAUCAACAGGAUCAGCUGUUGAACGACAAACAGAGAAUUCACGUAAAGGUGGAACUAUUUGGGAAGCUGUACGAAAAGCUGAUCAGCCAUCUAUGGAACGUCUUGUUAAAAUAGAUCCUAAAAAUGCUAAUGCAAGAGGUCCUGUUGGUGAAUGUCCAAUACAUAUGUUAUUUUUAUAUGGAACUGAAACACAUCUUAAUAUGGCUCGAUAUUUGAUUACAAAUUUUCCACAUACAAUAACACAAAUCUAUAAUGAGAGUGAAUAUUAUGGUGAAAUUGUUCUGCAUAUUGCAAUUAUUAAACGAAAUGCAACCAUGGUCGAAUGGCUUCUAGGUGAUGAAAAAAAUCUUCCGUAUCGUGAACAACAAUUGACAGCAGCUGCUUGUGGAAAUUUUUUUAAAGUAGGACGACCUUGUUAUUACGGUGAAUUACCAUUAUUAUUUGCUUGUUGUACAAAUCAAUGGAAUAUUGCAGAAAUUUUACUUAAACAUGGUGCUUCAAUGGAUGCAACUGAUUCAAAUGGAAAUAAUGUUUUACAUUUACUUGUUAUUCAUAAUUUACCAAAAAUGUAUACAAAAGUAAAACAACGUUGGAUAGAAACAGAAGAAUCAAACAAAAGAGCUUCCAGCGAUGAUGAUGAAGAUGAAGAUGAUGAAGAUUUAUUAUUAGAUGAAAAAGCAGUUAUACCAUUAUGGAAACGCUUGAAUAAAGAUGGUUUUACACCAUUAACAUUAGCAGCUGACUUAGGUCAAGCUGAAAUGUUUUCAUUUUUACUUGAAGAACGUAAAAUAACUCAAUGGAGUUAUGGUCCUGUUGCAUGUGUACUUUAUCCACUUGAUCAAGUUGAUCUGGAAUUUCAAAAUGAAGAAGGAGAUGGUGAGGAGAAACCGGUUGGUGCACUUGAAAUAAUUGUUAAAAAUGCACAUGUUGAACUUAUUAUGCAUCCACGUCUUAUUGAUUUAGUUAAUAAAAAAUGGGAACGUUUUGCAAGACGAAUUUUUUUUCGUCGAUUUCUUAUUACAUUAUUUUAUUUAUCUAUUUUUCUUAUUACAACUAUAAUGGAUCAAUCACGAAUAGAAACGAGUGAAGGCGAAGGUGAAGAAGCCGUAGUAGUCAGUAUUGAACCACUAGGAUGGAUACAACAAGCCAUAUGUACAUUUGGUCGUCUUUUUGUAUUAGCAGGAGCUAUAUGGAAAGGAAAAGCUGAAUUUAAUGAAAUGACUUCUAUGGGUAUAAAAAAAUAUUUUCAAACAACGGGUUCUGGUCUUCUUGAAAAUUGUUUAGCAUGUUUAUUUUGUUUAAGUAUAUAUAUCGUUAAUAUUUUUCGUGCAUUUGAUUUACAUGCUCAAACAGCCGUAUUAGCUAUAGCGGCAAUUAUUGGUUGGGGUUAUAUGUUAUUUUUUGUGAUGGCUUUUCGAUUAACCGGUCCAUUUGUUGUGAUGAUUUAUGAAAUGUUAUUUAAUGAUGUUCUUCGAUUUUUUAUUAUUUAUAUGGUAUUUCUUGUUGGUUUUUCACAAGCAUUUUUUGUUUUAUUUGAUAAUAAUGGUUUUAGUGGUUUUCUUGUAAGUGUUAAACAAAGUUUCCUAGGCAUGUUAGGUGAUUUUGACCUUGAUGCUUAUACAGACACAUCAUAUAGAUAUAUAAGUGUAACAUUACUUAUUUCAUAUAUUAUUGUUGUAACAAUACUUUUACUUAAUUUACUUAUUGCUAUGAUGGGUGAUACAUAUGGAAAUGUUAUCGAAGGUGCAACACAAAUAUGGCAUUUGGAACGAGCACGUAUUGUAUUUGCAAUUGAAAAUGAAAUGUCAACUGAAGAACGUAAUUUAGACUCAAAUAAAUAUUGGACAAAUAUUGACGGUGAAAGAUAUUUACAAGUGGAAGAAGUUGAUGAUAAAAGUUUUCUUCACGAUGCUAAUGAUGAUGGUGGUGAUGAUAAAAAAGAUGGUGAAAACGAAGAUAAUAAAUAA